UGGCCGAACAAUGUUCAGCUGUAAACGUGACCGCUCUUGCAAAUCUACUCGCUCGUGAGUGUUGAUCAGUGUGAGUGAGCACAAAACGCCUUGACACUGUGCCCGAACCUCGUUGUCCAACCUUUUGAGUCGCUGUCCCCAAUACCCCCUCGUCUCUUGAAAUAUACGAAAAGCUCUCGAAUCUGACACUGUCCCUUGAAAUCCAAGACGAUAGGCUUAACGCGUACGCCCCCAGUCGAGAACACUGUGCAAGCUGACUUGGUGCAAGCUACGAUGCCUCGAUCAUUAUCGCCGUUCAGUCGUCUUCCUAACGAACUGAUGUUACAGAUAUGCGAUCAUCUCGAGCCAUGCGACUUAUGGUUCAGCGUACGGCCCAUAUCCCGCUUGUUUGCCACAUGCGCCAACGAAAUCUUGGUACGAAAGACGUUUGCUCAAGACCACAUACACUUCUCAUGGUGCUGCUUUUGGUGCAGUCUUGGGCCCUUGUCGCUAGACACGGUACUCAAAGACGUCAUUCCACUUUUCAGUGACAAAGCGAAAGUGCACAUGAGCUGCAUGGGCGAUAAAAGCGUCAUUGCCAAGCUGGUUCUGGGGCAUAUGUCUGGUAUGGUUCUGCACUGCGAGCAGAAGAUCCGUUUCCGCAUCGGGCAGGAGGGCGAGGUUGAAAUG